AUGUCAAACUCUCCAAUCACUUCGCCGACCAAGAACAACGACGAACCACCACUAACACCCCCAAUCGACCCACUCUCGCAACAAAUCACCAUUGCUUAUCCCUUACAAACCGUGUUUCCAGAAGAAUCGACAACUAAGAAGGUCUCGUCGAGUAAGAAGGGGAGUCGAGCACGCAAAUCAACUUCAUCCCCUGCUACAACGAAGGUUUCGAAUCAAAAGGGUAAGAAAUCGAAAUCUAAAUCUGUUUCCAAAUCUGUUCAUACAAUGCAUGAACUAUACAUUAAGAACUUAGAAGAACCAAAUGUUGAUGCUAGUGCUGGAGCAACUGUAAAUGAGAAAACAACCUCUCCGUUUGAUUUAAAGUCUGUUCACUUAGGAUUAUCAAACCCUAGGUCUGCUGAGAAUUUGGGGAAAAAGGAUUUAGAGACCUCUGUUAGUGCUGAUGAUGAUAUUGGGGCUUAUUCUAAAGCCAAAUUUGACUCUGUGUUGGAAUUAAUUAAGAAAUUUUCCACUGAGCAGGAUGCUGCACAUCAUGCUACAGCAUCUACAGUGCCUGUUGAUUUUAAUAGCUCUUUGGUGGCUGAUUCUCCUGAGAGGAAUGUUGGUCCUGACAACACUCCUAACAAGACUGUCCCUAAUUCUACUGAUCCUAAUACUCCUAUUAUCCAUCCUGUGUCUGAUAAUGUGAUUGAUAAUACUCCUGAUGCUGAUCAUUUGUCUAAUGCUGCUGCUAAUGAUAAUCCUGGUGAUAGUCAUCAAGUUGUAAUUGAUGUUGACAACUUCAAUUCUAGUGGUGUAAGACAGCCUCCUGCCUCUAUGUCUAGGAGGUUAAGAAGUAGUGCUAGCAAAGAAAAAGAUGUCUCUGGUACCGCUGCCAAGACUCCACAAAAGAAGGCUACUGUUGUAGGUCCUAAGAAGCAGUGGAGUAAGGUUAUUGGACCCUCUGAGUCCAAGAAGAAAAGCCUGAAGAGAAAGGUUGUCUCCUCAAGUGAUUCAGACUUUGAGGAUGAUGCUGCAGCACCUAUUGCAGCAUCCUCACAGAAGGCUGCUAAGAAAAAGAAGACUGUGGAAGAUAUUCCUCCUGUUCCUAUUGAUAAUAUAUCCUUCCAUCGAGUAGAAAAUGCAGAAAGGUGGAAAAUUGUGGUUAACAGAAGAUUAGCUUUGGAAAGAAACUUGCAUGAAGACUUUCUUGAAUGUCAAGAGGUUAUGGACUUGAUCAAUAAGGCUGGGCUGCUGAAGACUGUGACUGGUCUUGGAAACUGUUAUGAGAAAUUGACCAGAGAAUUCUUGGUCAAUGUUACAGCUGAGUGUGGUAAUCCUCUGAGCUCUGAGUACUUGAAAGUUUUUGUUAGAGGAAGGUGUGUGGACUUCUCUCCAGCCAUCAUCAAUCAAAGUCUGGGAAGGAGUACUGAUCCCUCACCUGAGUUAGAAGUAUCUAUGAAAAAGAUCUGCAGCAUUCUCACAGGUGGUGGUAUGAAGACUUGGCCUAGGACUGGAAAGUUGCCUGCUGCAAAAUUGACUGCCAAAUAUGCACUUCUCAACAAAAUUGCAGCUUCUAACUAG